GACGCGGGGGGAGCCGCAGCGUGUUGACGUCACAGACCUUAGUGCCUUUGCUACAGCUCGGCAGACGAACGCACCAUUAGUAGGAGCAGUCACCAGUUCUCCGGCAGGGAACAGACACUGCGGCAAAUACAAAGCAGAGCCCGGAUAAUCCUUGUUGCUGCCUGCAGCCUCCUAAACUGCCCUUUUUCCUGGUCAUUUACUUCGCUUUCUGUCUCCUCUCCUCCCUGAGCACCGGGGGAUGGGGGGAUGAUCAGCACCGACUACCCUCCACCACCGCUGCUGCCUCCUCCUCUUCCUCCUGCUCCUCCUUUGGUCGGUGUCCGUGCCUCCCGUCGUUCGUGGGAGCUCUGCCCAGGAUGCGGGCCCCGCUGCUCGGCCGGGCUGCGAUGUUUGCGGCCCUGUUGGCGCUCAGCACCUGUCUGACAGGAUCUCAUCUCUGCCCUCGGAGUUUAGACUGUGCCCAAGCAGGACGACACUUCUGCCAACCAGGCAGCUCCCGCUGUGGCCCCUGUCUGCAGCCUCUGGUAGAGGACUCCCAUGGCCGCUGUGUCAUCAAGAGGAGGCACGCUCCUCACUCUGCUAAGUUCGCUAAAGGUAGGAUGAGCUCUUACCCUGAGCUGGAUGAACAGAUUGACUUCCUCUCCGCUAUCAUCAGUGAACAGAGGACUAAGACCAGGCUGCCAGCUCCACCCUCACAGGAUGUCUUUAACCCCAUAUCCAAGCAGCUCAGUGAGCCCGGCCCCGCCCACAGAACGCCCACCACAGAGCAACCUGCGAGCCAGUCCAUCAGCACAGCCACACCCACCACCACCACCACAAACCACACCCCCACUCUGUUCAGUGAUCCUGUCAUCCUUCCCUACCCCUCCAAUGACCAUGUCUUCAUCAUCAUGAGUAGCAUCUUCAUCGUAGCAGGUUCGCUGGUUUUGAUCAUAGCUGGGGUCUGCUGGGUCAGGUUGCAGAAAGGUGUGCAUCUAACUAAGAAGGUAGACUACCCUCCAUAUGGACUGCUCAGACCCCAAACCUUUGACAGUUUGCCUGGGGACAAGAAGCUGGCCCAUAGUGCCCAGAUGUACCAUUACCAGCACCAGAAGCAGCAGAUGCUGUCCCUGGAGAAACACAGGAAUGAGCCAAAAGUUCCUGACUCAGGAGCAUCAACAGAUGAGGAGAAUGAGGAUGGCGAUUUCACAGUGUAUGAAUGUCCUGGUUUGGCACCUACAGGGGAGAUGGAAGUGAAGAACCCGCUGUUUGAUGACUCCACCCUUUACCUUCAGAAAUUCCACAAGUAACCCAGGACAUUCAGUUUUCACUCUUAAAUGCAGCACUUGUGUGUACACAUAGCUGAAUUUACACACAUACCCACACUCUACAUACACUGCUAUGCUCUGUGCAACCCUUUUAAUGGACAGGAUGGAAAGUGUAAAGUACUUGGGGGAGGAAAAGGAGUGAGGUGUUCGCGGACAUUUAAAGGAUGUCGGGGCCUGGUUUCUUGUUUAAAGCAGGACUGAAUCUGGGACCAAUGUCUCCCAUUCUACAGCUGCAUUCUGUUCUUUUUUUAUGUCAUCUCUCCCUUUUUCCUGUUUUUGUUUAUAAAAUGACAUUUAAUCAAUGUCUAAGAGUUCAAAUUGACUUCAGUCAGGUAUAGUAGCAGACAAGCAUAUUGAAUAUAAUAUCUUUUGUUGACAGAACAGAGUUCAGUGCCCGAACAGUUUACUGAUGACAGUAUAAGUUAAUUAAUAGGUUUCCAUGAAUAUCCUUCUUUAUUCAUCAGUAAAUACUCCUUAAUUCAUUGAGUUCUCACUGAAGCAUUGGUUUUAUUUUAUUUUACUCAUUUUGUUUUUAAGAAGAAAUGUGAUUUUAAUAUUUCACAAACACACCUCCAUGCAGCAACUUGAUCUGUAUCAGUAUGUUAUGUAGCCGUUGUGUUCUCAGUCUCGUUGCUCUAUGCAUGACUUGAUGAUGCUGUGUAUGAAACCUGAGUCAAUAUGCAUUUACAGUUCUUACAAGUUCCUUGAGCAAACUUGCUAAUGAUAAAUAUAUAGAUAUAUAUAAAACUUGAAUAAUUUCAAAGGAAUUUGAAACUUCUUUAUCUAGAACUCUGAAACAGAGCGAGUCCAUCCUAUAUAUAUGGUAUCUGAAUAACAUGGCUUGUCCCCAUGGUUGUGACAUGUUUAGAGCUGCUAAUGUAUACAGGAAAGAGAUCUUACCUCUUACUCAAUAUGUUCGUAUACAUCUUCCUCUAGAUUCCUGAGUGCUGUGUCAAAUACUGAACUGUUUGGCUCCUUAUUAUUGACUAUAUUUGCAGGAUUCCUACACAUGUUCCUUUCAGAGUGGUGAUGUCCAGGUUAUGAAAACAUAUUUACCCAUUAUAUGUGUUGUGCAUAAAAGCUUUGAGAAGCAAAUGUUCUGCUUUUGUAGAUUAAGGGAAAAGCAGAGGGCGGCAUUGUGGCACAGUGGUUGGCGCCGUCGCCUCACAGCAAGAAGGUUCCAGGUUCUGUGCGAUUGUUUGUCUUCAUGUCUCUCCUGUGAUAGACUCCACCUGUCCAGGGUGUACCCUGCCUCAGUGUCAGCUGGGAUUGCCCCUUUUAUUAUGACAAGACAUAUUGUCAGAAAACUAACUGGUAUUAUAAAUAUCAAAAACAUUGAUCCAUACAGUAGACAAUAUUUAAAUAUAAUUGAGAGUAUUUCAGAGGACAGUAUAAUAUUACAUAGCUCAAGAUUUGUUAGAGGAAAAAAAUGUAAGAAAUAUAGAAGCUGCAAAUUCUAAAAUUAAACUUACUAGAAAUAAAUCCAAACAUGCUUAGACUACGCAGGCAUGGCAACCCUGGCCAGAACCCAGACAGCAGCAAUGGAUUAGUGUCCUCUGAUUUCCAGGUUUCAACCAAUCAGGUGUAUCAGUUUUCUGGCCUUUUGAGAUAUUGUGCAGUACUGGUUGGGAAAAUUCUGUCACUAUGAAAAUGAUGACAAAAAAGAUCCAGUGUUCCCAGUUUUUGUUAGAAUAUGGCUACAAUUGUGACAUUUCAUUUUUAGGUUGUUACAUUCAGUUUCAUUGUGACAGCGGUCUUUUUCAUUAUGGUAAUUAUAUACUGUCAGUAAUAACAUGAAAAUAAAAUUCUGACUUUUACAUUGGCUUUUACAAUACAUAAGUCAGACUCUAAUGAAAACUAACAUUUCUGUUUGAUUUAAUAAUUUUAAACGUUGUCUCUGGACCUCUGUAAUGCCGUAGGUGGAUAUGAGGAAUGCACCAGUCUAACUCUGUCCUCCCUGAUACCAGAUCGAUGGCCUGAAUGAACAUAACUAAUAGUAACACUGUAUUUCAGAUUUUUGAAUGAUGGUAUCAGCACUGUGACAGGUUGGAUUUGUGCAUCCUUAAUGAAUAUUCUCUGCUUUUUCCUGAACGUGAUCUGGCAUAAAUAUUGUAUAGGAGUGGAUGUGCACAACUACCUUCCUGUGUUUAGUAUUGCCCCACUGCAUAGAUCAUAGAUUACAUUAUACAGCAAGGAUGAUUCUUCAGCUGCUGCAUCAGAUGUUUGACAGGGACACUGGAUGUAACCGUGGCCUCUCGCUGUUGUCUCUCAGGAAAGCCGCUCUCUGUGGCUCCUCUGUUCAGCCUGCUCCUACUCUCUCAGCCUCUCAGCUCUCCCAUGGCGGAGUAGCACAUUAAACUCUACUUGACCUGCACACAUACACAUAAAUGAGGGCCAGUAUGUUCAAUGGAAUAUAUGCGGCAGAUACCGGGAAGUAUUAACACUUGAGAUCUUUAACUGUGUUGUAAAGACUGUUUUAUUCAAACCCGCUGAGCUUGGAGAACAAAGUGAAUAAAAUGGUUUUGGUGGAGGAGUGAGGGACUGCCGGAACGGAUACAAUUCUCAUGUUAGCCCUUCUUUUCCUGCACCAGUGCUGAGAGCUAAACAAACGCAGAACUGGUUGCAUGAUGAGUGAGUGUGAAGGAACUCCAGAACAACUACCUAGGCUAGUUCUCUUUGAUACAGACUGUUUUCAGACUACAUAUAGUCGG